CACGCACUGACGUGGCAGGUAACGCGAUGACGUGUCCUGCAGUACGUCAGUCUUCAGCAGCUCUGCUCCGGUUCGUUUCCAGCAGCGUCCGGUACUUUUGGUCCGGUUCAGGUGUUCGGGAUCGGGUCUGGAGGUUCUCCUGAAGAGGACUGAACGCAGAACCAGCUGGUCCACAAUGAACAUUGGUUCUAAAAACAAGAAGCGAGUGGUUCUGCCGAGCCGUCCUGAACCCCCGACUGUGGACCAGAUCCUGGAGGACAUCAACAGAACCGCUCCCAACGACCCGGUGUUCAGCAUCCUGGAGCGGACCGGACAAGACUCGCCCCGGCCCUCAGACAGCGAUGUGGAUCUCAGGUUCCAGCAGUGCCGUCGGUAUCUGGAGCUGAACGAGCGGCUGCAGGAGGUCAGAGGUCAGUUGCUGCGGCAGAGGGAGGAGCUACGAGCUGCGGGAGAACAGCUGGAGAAAGACGUGGCGGAGGUCAAAGGUCAAACACUCUGACUCUGCUCCUCUCUGUUAGACUCUCUCCCUCUCGUCCUCAGAGCGCCGACCGGCUCCACCGAAUCCGCCCAAGUGCCCCUGAGCCAGACUCUGGUGGAGCUUCAGGAGCCCCAGUGAUGGCUGACCUCUGACCUCUGACCUCUGUUGGGUUAGUGUGAGCGAUAAGUGAACACAGCUGAUUACAGGCUGAUACAGCGUGACAUCAUCAACUGAUCAGUGACUUUAUCAAUAUACAGAAUAUAAAGGGCCAAUGAGCAGAGAGCUUUAUGUGACCCACGCAGUGAUUGCUGUCCACUAUCAGCUGGAGAGUCACUGAUUGAUCAGCUGCUGUUGCUCAUCAGAUCAGAUGAAAGUUUAAGACGUGUUCAGACUGAACAUGAACUCAGUUUGAAUCCUCAAAUCAAAUCCUAAAGAUUCCACAUUGUCCCAGUUUUCCCUUCUUUGUUUGAACAUGUGGUGCAGGCAGGAUGGCGCCAUCUGCUGGACAACACGGGCUACUGAAGUCCCCAUCAGAGAGAGCCCUGAAGGUUUUACCUCCAGUAAUUGUCCCUUCUGUUCACACUGGGCAGGAACAUGUUGAGAAAUGUUGAGCAGUGUUUCCUAGAGCCUGAGGCGUCCUCAAAUGUCUUAUUUAGUCCACAACCCAAAGAUAAUCAGGUUACUCUCACAGAGGAACAAAGGAACCAGAAAAUAUUCACAUUGGAGAAGCUGAAAUCAAAGAAUUUGGACAUUUUUCUUUAAAAACACUAACAACAUAAACACUAACCAGUGAAUCAGUUAUCAAAAUAGUUGGUGAUUCAUUGAUACUAUAGAGACCCUGUAUGUCUCUUUCAUUCUUUAACCAUCUUCAGAAUGUGGUUGUCUUUUCAACAUAGAUUAGCCUAGCAUAUAGCAUAUGUAAGUACAGGAAAGGAGGAAGUUGAUCAAGGCUUGCUCAACUGUGAUUGGGGCACAGAGCAAAAAGCGGCGGGGCUUAGGAACCUAUCAUCGAUAGAUUUUGAUAAUAUACAUAGCAUUCUUUGUGUCUCCUGUAAAACUGUCUUCAUGUUCAGUCUGAACAACCUUUCUUUGUGUCUUUGAAUGUUUCACAACCGAACCAAAUAAAAAGCUCUAUGUGGACGAUG